GCAGAGUUAAGGUGACUUGAUAUCAGUCAUUCAAAAAACUUGCUGAGUUUAUCAGGCUUGAUGGAUGCUCGAAAUAUUGAAAGAUUGAACGCUGAAUGCUGUACAAGUUUGAUCAAGUGUUCAUCAAUCCGUCAGAUGGACAGUCUUGUUUACUUGAACUUCAGAGAGUGUAAAAGCCUAAAGAGUAUUCCGCAGGGGAUCAGUCUUAAGUCGUUGAAAUCUCUAAUCCUUAGUGGUUGCUCAAAGCUAAGAACAUUUCCAAUUAUUUCAGAAAACAUAGAAUCUCUAUAUUUGGAUGGGACGGGAAUCAGAAGAGUUCCUGAAUCCGUAGAUAGCCUCCAAUACCUAGCUGUGUUGAAUUUAAAAAAGUGUUGCAGUUUGACUCAUCUUCCCAGCAAUCUUUGCAAGCUGAAAUCUCUUCGAGAACUGAUUCUUUCUGGCUGUUCAAAUCUGGAGUGUUUUCCAGACAUUGAUGAGGACAUGGAAUAUUUGGAGAUUUUACUUAUGGAUGAGACGGCCAUCAAACAGAUACCUAGAUCAAUGAGUAUGAGUAAUCUCAAGCUAUUUACAUUUGGUGGAUCCAAAUUUAGGAUUCAGCAGGUUUGGAAACUCUAUCUCACAGAUUGCAAUAUCCACAAGUUUCCCAACAACUUCAGUUGCUUGUCAUCAGUACAUAGCUUAUGCUUAAGCAGAAACGAUUUAGAAUACCUACCCGAAAGCAUCAAAAAACUUCACCAUCUGAAAUCACUUGACUUGAAACACUGCAGAAAGCUCAACUCACUACCAAUGCUUCCAUCAAAUCUGCAGUACUUGGAUGCUCAUGACUGUGCUUCUCUAGAAACAGUUGCAAAGCCCAUGACACAUCUUGUGGUAGCUGAAAGAGUUCAAUCUACUUUUAUAUUCACUGAUUGCUUCAAGCUUAACCAAGAAACACAAGAAAAUAUUGUGGCUCAUGCCCAACUCAAGAGUCAAAUACUGGCGAAUGCGUGUCUUAAACGUAAUAAUAAGGUCCAAUCUCAGGGACUAAUUUAUGAACCUUUAGUUAGUGUCAGUUUUCCUGGAAACGACUUACCUUUAUGGUUCCGCCAUCAGAGAAUGGGCUCUUCCAUAGAAACACACUUGCCUCCACACUGGUGUGACAAUAAAUUUAUGGGGCUCUCCUUAUGUGUGGUUGUCUCUUUCAAAGACUGUGAAGAUCAAUCCAACCGUUUCUCUGUAAUUUGCAAGUGCAAGUUCAAGAGCGAGAGCGGUGACUGCAUCAGAUUUAUUUGCACUCUUGGGGGAUGGACUGAGCCGUGUGGAUCAUGUGGACAUCAAUCACGGAAAAUUGUGUCUGACCAUGUGUUCCUUAGUUACAACAACAGCUUCCAUGUCAAGAAAUGUCGUGAAGAGAGUAAUGAGCACAAUAGAUGUUGCAACACUGCUGCCUCUUUCAAAUUCUUUGUUAGUGAUGACAACAAGAGGAAGCUAGGAAGCUGCGAGGUGGUGAAAUGUGGAAUGAGCUUGUUAUAUGCUCCGGAUGAGAUUGAUUACAGACUCCAGGAAACACUGGAGAAUAAUCUCAAUGAAGUGAUAUCAAUAAAAGAAGCAAAUCAACAUGAAAAUGGCUCGGGUGAAGCUGUUUUGCCCAAGAGGAGGCAUUCGUUUUUAAAAGAUGAAGAGAUAACUAACGGGAAAAGAAUAAAGGAAGUAAACAACUAGUACUCAUGAGUGUUUAUGUUUUUUUUUUGUGUGAAAAGCACAUGGUUUCUUACCAA